AUGUCAGAGGCACCUGUAGAAGUUGAGGUCCCAGUGAGUGUGGAGAUAAAGAAACUAUCUGAGUUGAAAGUCAUUGAAUUGAAGGCCGAGCUGAAGAAACGAAAUCUAGACACGACCGGAGUGAAAAGCCUCCUGUCCGAGCGCCUUAAAAAGGCAAUAGAAGGAGAAGGGGGCAAUCCGGAUGAAAUCGUCGUCUCGAUGGAUGUAACACCGAAGAAGGCGCCUCCUAAACGGGCCGUGAGAGAUUCAAAGCAAGAGACUGAACCUGAAGAUGGCAAUGUCGACGAGGACUCCCGAGACACCUCUCAGGAUCUUCAUAAAGAUGGCCUGCAUGAAAUGGACAUCCUUGACAUGAAUGUGUUGGAUGAGACCGAAGACUACAUGAAAGGAAGUGCCGAGUUUGAUGCUGUGGAUGACGCCCUUUUGAGUUCAGAUGCUGGAGAUGGGUGUGACGAGUUUCAGGAGGACAAAGAUGAAGAUAUGAGUUCGUCUACAUUCCACACGAUGGAUGAUCCAGAUGUUAGUGAUGUAAACAACGGUACAGAAAAUGACAAAGUAGCGGGGUCUUGUUUAUCUGAGCCGAUUAAAGAAGAUGACGAGCCGAGCCAAGAGAUGUGCCCUGAAGAAGAGCUAGCUGCCACCACCACCACCAUCGGGGAAGAAGGCGUCUCCGAUUCCUGCUCCAGAGGUGGACCAGCUGGACAUGUGGGAAGCGACAUGGAGGCGGAAGAAGAACCUGGGGACAAUGUCAAUGUAUCUGAAGAAACUGAGUCAGAGGACAAAGUCUUGCACGAUGGUAGUGUUAAUGAGCAGGGGGGCGAGGGAGAAACCGUUGAUUUAGAAGGGGUUUCUAAGGAGGGUGAGAAGGAUGAGAAGACGGAGGACAAAACUUCAGCGGAUUCUGCCUCGACACCCAAAGAGUCCACUGUAGAGGGUGAUCAGUCCAAAAGUUCCGAUGAAAAAGAUGCAAAUGCACCAUCUAAAGAUGAUAAGGAUGGUUCAGCCAGCAGUAGAAAUCUGUGGGUCAGUGGUCUUGCCUCAAGUACCAGAGCGACUGAUUUGAAAACAUUGUUCAGCAAAUAUGGAAAGGUUGUCGGAGCAAAAGUAGUCACUAACGCUAAAAGCCCUGGGGCUCGCUGCUAUGGCUUUGUCACAAUGUCCACCACAGAAGAAGCUACAAACUGCAUCAGCCAUCUCCAUCGAACUGAACUUCACGGCCGCAUGAUCUCUGUUGAACGAGCGAAGAGUGAACCUGCAGGCAAAAAGGCAACAGACAAGAAUGAUGGAAAGGCCAGGAGAUCCUCCACGGACUCAAAGUCUGAGAAAGAUGUUGAUGGAAAAGAGCGGACUGUAGUAAUGGAUUCAUCAAAGGGUGAGCCUGUGGUCAGUGUAAAAUCCAAAAGCAAAGACCGAAGCACAAAGAGCCGUGAACGCAGUACAUCCAGCAAAGAAAAGAAAGAUAUUCUGUCGUUUGACCAGAUAAUGGAGCACAGGGAGCGUGAGAGGCAGCGUCAGCGGGAGAGGGAGGUCCGCGAGGUGGAGCGCCGGAGAUACACCUUUAAUGAUCGAGAGCGCGAUGGCAGACCAGACCGCGAGCGCGACAGGGGCCGCAUGUUCCGCGAGCGAGACGACAGGACCAGUCUGAUGCGGAAGAGACACAUGCUAGAGGUUGAGAGGCAACGUCUUGACGCUGACCGCAUGGAGGCCCAGCUGCUGGAGCGUGAGAUGAUGCGUAUAGAGCACGAGCGGCGGCGGGAGCAGGAGAGGAUCCUGAGGGAGCGGGAGGAGCUGCGCAGGCAACAGGAGCUGCUGCGCUUUGAGCAGGACCGCCGGCCUUUGAAGAGGAACUACGAUAUCGACCAUCGAAAGGACGACUGGGCAGAGAAGCGCAUGGCUUUAGACGAUCGCUUUGGUCGACAGGACCGUUUCCAUGACUUUGACCAAAGGGAUCGCAGCCGUUACCAAGACGACUCAUCCGACCGGCGUGACCGGGAUAGAGAUGGACCGAGUUUCUCUGACCGUCAUGGACGAGAUAGUAGAGACUCUUGGAGUGCACGUGGGAGCUCGAGGGAUAGUGGAAGGGACUGGGACUCUAGGAAAAUGGAUGACCGAUGGCAAAGUCGCGACGGUGCAGUUCCAGGCCAGAGUCACGUGGGAAGAGGAGGAAGAGGCUACUCGGGGUCAUCCCAGUCUCUGUCAAACGCUCUGAACAGACAGAACCAGAUCAUGCAGGGAGGAGGAGCCUUUGGCCGCCGCUACUGA